AUCAUUCUCCCUCUAGCGCACAGAAAACAUCCGCCAUCUUAGUUUUUGGCAAUAAUAAAUAAAUUGCGUUACACGAGUUUAGCUAAUCUCACCGUUUCAGGAAGAUUAAGGUUUUUAAGAAAUGGAUCGUAAUAAUGAUUGGCAAAGUGGGAACUUUAGAAAUAACAUUAGGAUGAAAAUACAAGAACAAUUGGACAAAUGCUUUGGACCAAAUGUCAAAAAUGCAGUUGAUCUAGAAAAUAGCAUAUAUAUAAAAUCAUCCUCAAAGGAAGUUUAUUCAAAUCAAAUAAAAAAUUUGUUCCUUCAGCUAACAAAGCGUUUCGGAAAUCGUCAAGGUCAAGAAGGAAAUACUUUUCGACCUGCAAACCCUCAGCAAGCGAGACCUGCUAACCCUCAACAAGCGAGAACAGCCUACCCUCGACCGGAAAUGGUUGUCAGAGGACCUUAUCAUCCAUACCAGCAAAAUCCAAGAAUUAAUAACGUCAAUAGUCCUAUUCAUGUCGUUCCAUAUUCGCCGAGUCCUCAACAGCCUUCUCCUGUUCCUAUGAUACCGUCACCAGCAAAUCCUCAAGCACAACCAUCACCUCGAUCCAAUUUAAGUGUUCCCUCUCCAUCCAGUCAAAUAAACACUCCAGCCCAACCUGGUGCAUCUCCCAAUAACGAGAAAGCUCAAGUUGCAGCUAAGCUACGGGAAUUACAAAUCUACAUAGAACCCCUUAACAGAAUGAUCCAUAAGCUUCAACAAGAUAAAUCUAAACAUAUGGAAUUACAUAAACUUCAAAAACUGAGGGAUUUUCUUUUGGAAGAAAAACAGACGCCAUUACCGACCCUCAUCAAAUGCGAAGAGGUUUUAAAACGUCUUCAUUUAUUAACUCCAGAACCAGCGGUUUCAGCGACCACUGACUCUCCAACAAUUAUCAAAAAAGAAACACAUAUGGGUCAGCACUUACUAACUGUUUUAGCACAAUCUACAAGACGACCACGUCUGGCCCAUGUCAUACAGGAUGUAGUUAUAUCUCAUAUGGCCUCUACACCAUCGACUGUUUUACGACCAGAUAGCGAAAAGCCUAAAACCAAUGAUAUGGACUUUGUGCCUAGUAUUGUACAAGGGGAGAUAGCCAGGUUACCGAAAAGAUUUAGAGCUCAACGAGACAAAGACAAACCGGCAGCUGGGGGAGAAGUAAACAUGAUAGUCGAACUUGUUUGCGAAGAUCUACCUACAGUUCCGCCAAUCUACAUAAAUGUUCCAUCUAAAUAUACUGACAAUGAAGCAUCUCCAACUUACUCCCUAUCUCAUUAUACCGGAAGUGAUUUUCUAGAAGCUGUCAGUCAAACUGUCGACAAAAGGAUCACAUAUUUGGAAUCGCGAUAUUCUAUCACAGAGGUUUUAACUUGUUGGGAAAUGGCCGUUAGAUCUAUUGUUGCUAAUUCUUGUUAA